AGAGCCCGAUCAUCAGGGUCCUACCCAGGCAACGGUAGUCGCCCAGUUCCGCGACUAUCACGCAGAGAAGUUCUCAGGUCAGGGCGACCCCCGUAUCGUCGAUGAAUGGAUUCAGGGGUUGGAGUUUAUCUUCGAAGUUAUGGAAUGCCCCGAUAGGUUUCGCGUAGUUUGCGCUCAGCUUCAACUCACCGGCGACGCGAGGCUCUGGUGGAACGCCUACUGGAGCAUGCGGCCCGGUGAAAAGGCGGGUUGUACAUGGGACAUGUUCAAAGAUCUUGUCCGCGACAAGUACUACCCUUCGUACUAUCGGGCAGAAAUGGAGCGCCAGUUCUUAGCGCUUCAGCAGGGCACUCGUACUGUCGAUGAGUACGAGCGUGAGUUCACCAGGCUUGCAGGUUUUGCACCGGAUCUUGUUCGCACGGAGGCCCAGAGAGCUCAGAGGUUCAUUGACGGACUAUACCCAGCAGUCCGUCAUAACAUUGUGGGACACGGGACUCAGACUUAUGCACGAGCCGUCUCUAUCGCACAGGAGGUUGACGCGAGCAUUAGGAGGGAGGCCGUUCGUGAUCGUGCUCAGCCAGCUGCUCCAGUUCAGCCAGUCGUAAUUCCACCAGCUUUACCAGCUCCGCAGCCAGCUAAGGACAAGAAGAGGAAUGCAAAGGGUGCACAGACAGACCGGAGGACCCGACAGAGACAGAUUCCACCAUGCCCGACUUGUGGCCGGCUUCACAGGGGAGA